GUUAAGAAAAUAGACCGUCCCACUUCUUCAAGGUAAUAUUAUCAUUACAGCGUGGAGCGGACACUGUUUAUUUUCAAUGUGCGGAAUGUCAGGGUUGUUGUCUUUGUGCAGUAGUCCUAUCGCUUGGACCUCCAGAAAUGAAGGGGACCCUGUGUUCAGAAGACCGAGGCAGGAUUACUUCCUCCAUAUGAUCAUGUGAGAGGUCUCCCUUUGAACCACCAUAACUCAACCAGUUAACCUAAUCUAACGGAAUUGGAGAGGACUUAGAAAACAAUUUUUAUGACAUUCAAUUGUUGAUCCAGGAUGUUAAACCGUCUGCUUUAUGUCGUCACGAAAUGUACCUUAAAAGUACAGAUACUAGGAACUACCAUUAUUAUCAUAAAUAUCUCCAUUUGACACUACCUGGAAGCAUGACAUUCUGAAGGAUUUAUAUGAUUUUGGUUUGAGUGGCCACUUUUGUCAUUUAAUUUCAUAUUUUUUUCCAUUUUAAGUCCAACUGUCUGACCAAUAUAUUCCGGAUCAGGGUGUCCACGCAAAGCAAUAUUUUGUCUGUCACUUUAUUUUGUAUCUAAAACGUGUUCCUAAUCCCAGUCAAACAGUAGGUAGACUUUACACUUACUACACUCAAAUAUAUAACACAAACCAAUUGGUCUAUCUACAAGAAUAUACCAAAUUAAGACCAAAAUAUGAUUCUUUACUUAUGGUUCCAAGGAUGGAGGCAAAGUUUGAAGUGUCACUCUCAUUGGAUAAGAAAUGGUGUCUUCGAGAAUUCCAGGUAAUAAUUAUAGAUUGAGAUUGCCUGAGGCCAAUGCAAUUCUUAAAGUUUAAUUUAAGCCUCAGGUACAUUAAUCUUUGUUUAUUUGUUUGUUUGUUUUCCAGCUUUAUGAUGGGGGUCUGUAAAUAAUCAAGUCUAGACCAAUUGGGAUACGAUUUCGCAUUAGGGAUACGAUGACAUGCAUCAAUCAAGCCAUUGAGCCUGACCACCUCUUGUGACAAGCAUAGUAGCCAUUUAUGACAAGCAUGGGUUGCUGAAGAUCUAUUCCUACCCAGAUGUUCACAGUUUCAGUCAACAUAAUGGCUGCCUCGCUGAUGAUAUGGAUUGCCUGCUUGGUAACUGCUACUGAAGCCAGUCCAUGCAAGGACACCCAUCACUGUUCAGACUGUGACGGUGAGACAGGGUAUUGCCUCACUGAGUGUGACACUGGAUAUUGGGGUCUGAGUUGCAAGUCUUCCUGCAGCAAAAACUGUAGGAAUAACACAUGUGUGAUCUCAAGACAUGGUAGUGCUAACUGCACUGACGGGUGUGUCCCAGGAUACCAAGGCAUCAACUGUAACAUACCAUGUGACAGUCCAGGGGGUAACUGUACAGCAUGUCCAGGUGGGUGUGAUGGAGGAUAUUGUCAGCUGGGCUCCUUCUGUGUGUCUGGAUGUGUAGACUCUCACUACGGGACUGAUUGUAAGAACUGUUCAACAGGAUGUACCCCAUGCAACAGGUUGGCAGGAACAUGCGAAGAGACAUCGGCCAGUCCAUGCAAGGAAACCCAUCACUGUUCAGACUGUGACGGUGAGACAGGGUAUUGCCGCACUGAGUGUGACACUGGAUAUUACGGUCUGAGUUGCAAGCCUACCUGCAGCAAAAACUGUAGGAAUAACACAUGCGUGGUCUCAAGCCAUGGUAGUGCUAACUGCACUGACGGGUGUGUGCCAGGAUACCAAGGCAUCAACUGUAACAUACCAUGUGACAGUCCAGGGGGUAACUGUACAGCAUGUCCAGGUGGGUGUGAUGGAGGAUAUUGUCAGCUGGGCUCCUUCUGUGUGUCUGGAUGUGUAGACUCUCACUACGGGACUGAUUGUAAGAACUGUUCAACAGGAUGUACCAAAUGCAACAGGUUGACAGGAACAGGAAUAUGCGAAGAGACAUCGGGUAAUAACGUGGGACUGUUUAUAGGACUUGCUGCUGCAGGUGUGCUUUUCAUUGUUAUACUAUUCCUGGUUGUGGGCUGCUACAAGUAUUUUCAACACUUAAAGAAAAACAGGUGUCAAUACCUCAUACCUACCCAUGGCAUACACAUGUCAACAGAGGACACUGAUGCUCGAGUAUAUGAUUUCAUUGAUGAAGCAGAGAUGUAUGAUCCGCUCACUGAUGAUAGACAAACCAGCCUAUCACGUGACCUGGAACUUUCAGAAACAGCUGAACCAGGAACCACAACCAAUGACCUGUUAGUAUGAACGCGUUAUAGCAAGGGUUUGGGUCCAAUACGCUUUAGAAAUAAGGAUAACACAUCUACCUCUUGGGGCUACCAAGACCUGAUAUAUCUACCUCAGAGGUCAGAGCAUGAGGCUACCAAGACCUGAUAUAUCUACCUCAGAGGUCAGAGCAUAAGGCUACCAAGACCUGAUAUAUCUACCUCGGAGGUCAGAGCAUGAGGCUACCAAGACCUGAUAUAUCAAACUCGGAGUUCUGAGCGUGAGGCUACCAGGAACUGUGAUAUCUAGAAAAGAGCAGGAAACAGAAAAGAGUUGUAUAAUGUAUAUAUAUUGUAUGUGCCAUAUCUGUUAUUUUGUUAGUGCGUUGUUGAGAGAGCGACAUGGAUUAUUCAGAUUCUAUAUUGGGUGUGAGCAUUGUUGUAGUGCAUCUUUAUAUAUGUUUCCCACAC